GGUAACAUGUGCUGCAAGGAAGGACCGGAGGAAAUGUGUUAACAUGACCAGGCGUAUUCCACUGCAGGUGCUCAGCCUGGUCCUGCUGCAGCAGACACUAUGCAGCUCCAUGGAAAUCCAUCUCAGCAUUCAGGAGGAGCAGAAUGAGGGUGUCAGAAUCGGAACAAUUGCCAGGGAGUUCCCUCCACCAUACCGGCUUCUGACAGCAUACCGAUAUGUGGAGCUGGACAUGAUGACAGGGGACCUACACACUACCACACAUACAAUAGACCGGGAGGCUCUGUGCCCACAACAGCCGCUGGAACCAUGCUUGAUCCUGUUGUUGGCUGUGGUCGGCCCCAACAAUGAGGUCAUCAAAGUACGCCUGGAAAUAGAGGACAUCAACGAUAAUUCCCCUCACUUCCAAGAUGAUGAGAUCCACCUCAUUGUGCCAGAGGACGUCACUGAGGGGACCAGCUUUCUCUUGGACCACCAGGCCCGGGAUGAGGAUGCGGGCAGCAACGGAGAGCUGUGGUACAGCUUGGACGGCGCAGACAGGCUCUUCAGUGUGACUGAGGAGGGUCCUUCGCUGGUGGUGGUGGUCAGAGGCAGACUGGACCGGGAAGCUCAGGACACCCAUCGCAUGGCUGUCAUCGCCACUGACCACGGGGUCCCCUCACGUACUGGAACGGCCACCUUAGUUGUGGAGGUGACAGACGUCAAUGAUAACUGCCCGACAUUCAGCUCCGACAGCCCAUACACUGCCGUCAUCCCAGGAGACUCACCCAGGGGCACAGUGGUCACCCACGUCAAGGCCACAGACCCUGAUCUGGGGUCAAACGCUGUCAUCACAUACUCCUUCAAUCCCAAGAUCUCCGACAGGUCCAAGGCACUAUUCAAGAUGGACAGUAACACUGGCCUGAUCACCCUAUCCACUGAUAUUGACAGUGACAGCCCCUCCGAGCAUGUGCUGAGAAUCCUCGCCAGUGAUCCAUCCUGCCCCCCCACAGUGGCAGAGGUAACCGUAUCUGUGCAGCCGGCUGCCAGCCAGGGACUGGAGAUCAAGAUCAGGUACAUAGUGGAGCAUCAAGAGCAAGCUAUUCUGUUACAGGAAAACAAACCCCCCACAGUCCUGGCUCUCCUCGAACUGGAUCACACAUCCACUGUUAAAGGCACAUUGUCCAUUGCAGGGGAGGUGCCAUUUUUGCUGAAACCACAAAAUGGCAACUACCUUCUGCUAUCAUCAAGGCCCCUUGACUUUGAGCAGGAACAAGAGUAUCACAUUACAAUACUGGUCAAUGGUGCCCAACCCUCAAGUGGCUGCAAUGAGAAGGUGAUCACAGUCCUUGUGGAGGAUGUCAAUGACAAUGCCCCGCAGUUCCAACAGACCCAUUACUACCUGGAUCUGGAGGAAAACAAUGAGCCAGGGGCAUCUCUGUUGCAGGUCAGGGCAACCGAUGCAGACAGCCAGCAGAACGGUGAGGUGGCUUACAGUCUCAGCCCCAACGUGGCAGCCAUGUUCAGCAUCGACGCCGUGACAGGUCAGCUGUUUGUCUUAUUCACUCUGGACAGAGAGAAACAGGAGUUCCACAACUUCACCAUACUGGCUAGGGACAACGGCUCCCCCACUCUGCAGUCCAGCAUUGGAGUUUCUAUUCAUGUACUGGACCAGAACGACAACAAUCCCAUCUUUACAACCACAGACUUCAUCUUCUUCAUCCCAGAGAACUUCCCGCGGCUGGGUCAGGUUGGAGCAGUGGGCGUCACAGACGUAGAUGCAGGGAGCAACGGGCGGGUGGAGGUACAGGUGCUGAACAGCAGCGGUCCCUUCCUGAUGGACAACGCCCGGGGGACGCUGCGCUGCAUAGCCGAAGUGGACCGUGAGAUGCAGGACCACUACGAGCUGUGGCUCAUCGCCCAGGAUCACGGCCGCCCACCUCUCUCCUCCACUGCCAAGGUCACCAUCUUCGUAGAGGACGUCAAUGACAACCAGCCCCGAGUCAUCCUCCCCGCCAGCAACCUGUCCUGCUUGAUCGUGUCCCCCAGCACUGUCACGGGCACCACGGUCACCAAGAUCUACGCCAUCGACGAGGACUCCGGGAAGAACUCUGACAUCAGCUACCGCAUUGCCGCCUCCGAGCCACAGGACCACAGCCCCUUUCUGAUCGACACCCACUCAGGCAACGUCACCCUCGGCCAACGCCUGCUGCUGAGGGACCACGGGCUGCACCACCUCUUCAUCGUGGUCAGUGACGGAGGCGAGCCCACUCCACUGGAGUCUGCGGUGUGGGUCAACCUUCUGGUCAAUGACACGCAUGAACCCUGUCGUCUGAGCAGGGAGCCAGUAUCAUACUCGGUCAUACAGAAGUCUACACAAAAGCCAAGCCCCUGCGAAAGGAAUGAAUCCAGUGUUAGUAAUGCCCAAAUGAUGCUGUUCAUUGGCUUCAGUAUGAUGGUAUGCUCCGUCUCUCUUUUUUUGGGAACUGUUAUAUUAUUCAUUAAACAAAGAACAAAAAGACACCAAAAGCGACCUGCAUCUAAAGAUCAUGAAAUCCCACUGAAACUGAAGGAGAGCUACAAUACUACUGACUGGACAGAUAUACAGUGAAACGGACCUCAACCACGUUGUAUAUACUGUAAUUUGUACACACUUCCAAACAGCAGCUUUAUUUUAUACAAUACUCUUACUUUGAGUGCUUGUGCUUUAAAUGCACUGUGAAAGCAUCGCAUGCAGUUACAUGCUUACAUUUACAUUCAAGUAGAA